AUGAUAUUGAAUUUCAUCGCACUGGCCUUGUUGAAUUUGUUGCCAUUAGCAUUUGCAUUGCCGAAUCAUAUUGUGGCCAGAGAAACUUCGUCAAAUGCUUCGGUCACAGCUCCACCGACUCGGUCUCACCCGACUAGUCUGCCGCAUACCGCAUACAAUGGUACUGCGUCUGUUACUGGUGCGAUUACUGCCACAUCAGUUGGAACAGGCAUUCCUUCCGGCAGCAUUUCACCCAGCGAAACCACCUAUCCUAGCGAUGGGAAACUCCAUAAUGCCGAGCCAGCACCGUAUGACCCCGCAGGAGGUGUUGGAACAAACGGGUCUAUCCCGGUAUAUAACGCCAAGAGUGACUUUGACUACGAAUCCUUGGCCCUUGCACUGUACCAAGCGUGGAUUGAACUGGAUCUAUUCCAAGAUGCAUUGAACCGAUUCUCAGUGGAUGACUUCAUGUCUGCCGGGCUGACAUCCAAGGACCGAGAUCUUAUCGGGUUCAUGGCCCAGCAGGAAGUCGGUCAUGCAACUCUGAUCAGCAACAUGCUCGGCGCCGAAGCACCACAGCAAUGUGCCUACAUCUACCCAUACAACACUGUGAACGAAUUCCUUGACUUUGCCCAGAAGUUAACCCGCUUCGGGGAAGCCGGUGUAUAUGGCUUUCUAGCACAUCUUAACUCACGAGAAGCAGCCACGCUCCUUACACAGUCCAUCUCAACAGAAGCACGCCAGCAAUUGAUUUUCCGCGAGUUCCAGGGCCUCUUCCCCAUGCCUGAAUGGUUCGAAGUCGGAAUUCCACAGUCCUGGGCCUGGACACUGCUUGCACCAUACAUUAGCUGGUGCCCGGAGAACCAGACCCGGCUUAUAUGGGAGAACUUCCCAGCCCUUAGAAUUCUUAAUCAACCUAGUCUGUCAAACAGAGGGAGUGGUGGUGACAACAGCUCCACGACUGUGAAUGAUACCAUCAGCCCAGGAACGAACGUGGUUAGCGGUCGAAGAAAGAGAUCGUCGAGCUCGGGUCGAAACUGUGGCGCGACUGUCACAACCGAAGAUGUGGCACCACUUUCAUAUGCGGGCCGCUACGUCGCGUUGCAAUGGGAUAACCCGGGUAAAGCCGUGGGGCCCAACAACAGCUAUGUUACUACCUCCAGCGCGCAGGCUGCCAAGUACGUCGUGUGGGUGUCGCAGCUUAAUAUAACGUACACGCCGCUGAGAGGCGCGAAUGGGACAAAUGCAACUCGAGGAUAUACUAUCCAGCCAGAUCUGCAGACUUACCAGGGUGAUCCGGCGAUCAAUGGCACGAUGUCUAUUGCUAUCACUGAUUCAAAGCCGGUCUUGAGUCCGUUCAAUAUAAGCUUGAUCAAUCCGCAUAUUGUUGCUGGUCCGGCUAUCUACCAGGCGGGUUGA